CCAAUAGCCGGCCAGCAGGUUGACUGAUUGUUCGGAGAAAGAGACAGGAACAUCCACUUGCUUGCGCAGUAUAAUCAGCGAACCACUCACAUGAGCGCCUCUUUCGCACACUUGAAAGGAUAUAACGCCAAAAUAAGUGGAGAUGUCGACUUUCUACUAAUAUUUUAAGGGGAAUAUAUCACGAUUUCCCAAUGCGUUCUGUUUCACAAGUGUAACGCACUUGGCACACUUUUUUGUUGUUGUUAGAUUUGGACAUUUUUACUGACCGGCCGGGCGGGGCUCAAUGCACCAUGAGCCUGUGGACAAACGGCUCCACGGCGGAUUCUCUCGCCGGAAUGCAGCAGGCGUCUCACCCGGACUCCAACUCUACCUCGAACUGCACCGACUCGUCCCCGUACCGCGGAAAACACAGCGCCGCCCCGCUGGACCUGAGCCGGGCGGUGCCGGUGGGCAUGGUGCUGGCCUCAUUCAUCACGUUCGCUAUAGUGGGCAACCUGCUGGUUAUCCUGUCGGUGGUGUGCAACCGACACCUGCGGAUUCCCACCAACUACUUCAUCAUCAACCUGGCCAUCGCCGACCUGCUGCUCAGCACCACCGUACUGCCUGUGUCCGCCACUCUGGAGGUUCUGGAUUACUGGGUCUUUGGCCGGAUCUUUUGUGACAUUUGGGCGGCGGUGGACGUCCUGUGCUGUACGGCGUCCAUCAUGUCUCUGUGUGCAAUCUCCAUCGACCGUUACAUCGGUGUUCGAUACCCGCUGCAGUACCCGGUGAUCGUGACUGAAAAACGGGCGCUGCUCGCCAUGUUGGCCGUGUGGAUCCUAGCUAUCGUCAUCUCCAUCGGUCCCCUGCUGGGAUGGAAGCAGCCACCUUCGCAGGACGACACAGUGUGUGUGAUCACAGAGGAGCCGUUCUACGCCCUCUUCUCCUCGCUGGGCUCCUUCUACAUCCCUCUGGCCGUCAUCCUGGCCAUGUACUGCCGUGUCUAUGUGGUGGCCAAGCGCACCACCAAGAACCUGGAGGCGGGCGUGAUGAAGGAGCGUCAGCAGGACUCCAAUGAGCUCACCCUCAGGAUCCACUGCAGGAACCAGCAGAUCCAGGACCUGUGCGCCACCUCUAAAGGCGGAGGAGGGGCCUCGUCGGCCGGCCGCAGCACGCUGACCGUCAAGCUGCUCAAGUUCUCGCGGGAGAAGAAGGCGGCCAAGACGCUCGGCGUGGUGGUGGGGAUGUUCAUCUUGUGCUGGUUGCCGUUCUUCUUGGCUCUUCCUAUCAGCUCUUUCAACAGAAAUCUGCGUCCUCCCAAAACCUUCUUUAAGGUCAUUUUCUGGCUGGGAUACUUCAACAGCUGCCUGAACCCCAUCAUUUACCCCUGCUACAGCCGCGAGUUUAAACAGGCCUUCAUCCGGAUCCUCCGCUGCCGCUGGAAGCGAAAGCGCCAGGGCUGGCAAGCUUACUACAACUAUCGGUGCCAGCAGGGCUCCAACAACUCCACAUCUUUCCUGAACGGAAGCCGGCAUACGCUCUCCUCCGUCAGCCACAGCCCACGCUGCGUCGCACCCAAACUCCGCCCGCCGCCCUGGUCCUCUAACGCCGCCCACAACCUCCUGCCUGCCGGCCCGGCCUCCCCCACUCACCGAGGAAGCCGGGCAAGACUGGAGUGUGCAAGGCAGUAAGCGCAGAGCAACAACUGUUUGUGUGUAAAACAAGACAAUAUUUGUAAAAUAGACUUUCUGAAGACUGACAGCGGUUGCUGUUCACCUGUGAUGACGUCAUAUGGAAAGGUGGUUGUAUUUUAAGAUGAUCCUAUUUAUUAAAUGACACUUCCUUGAACUCAAGGAUGUGUAAAGAAUAUGUUCCCGUUGUUGGAUUAGAAAGGGCUACUGGAUAUCUGGUGGCAGCAAUAACAUGCAUAUCUACUUUGGGUUGUCUUAAACACUGUGAAAUAUUAAUGUUUGAUAUUGAAUUAGUCAACAUUUAUUAAAGGAUUUGACUCACUUGAACGUAGUGAGAUGUAUUUAUGUAAGAAUUGCUUAACUCAAAGACAAAUUCACUAUUAGCAAUGACGAGUAACAUAUGCACAUACCAUUUUAUUCAUUGAUCAUUGUUUUCGUUUUUUUUAAGCUUAUUAAAAUGGACAUUCUAGGCCUCACUUAACAUCAUACAUUAUUUAACCUGUGGUUUUGUGAAAAAUGCUCUAUAUUUGUCCUGUCAAUACAAACCUCUCAUA